AUGGCGAAUCUCGCUAACACCAUGGAAGCUAAUGCUGCUGCGACUCUGCAAGCAGUGCAGAGAUUGGGCCAACCGACUGGGAAUGGCAACGGAAAUGGGAAUGGCGAAGGGAAUACCAAUGAUAAUGCUGAAGGUAACGGCGAUAACACAGGAGGAGUUCCGAUGACCCUGGCGACGUUCCUCAAGGUUCAUCCGCCAAUUUUCCGAGGAUCCACAGAUCCUAUUAAAGCGGACCACUGGUUCCAGGCUAUAGAGCGUGCUUUACAGGCGCAGCAUGUUCCUCUCAAUCAAUAUGUAGAGUUUUUUCAGGAAGAGGCCCAGCAUUGGUGGCAAGCAGAGUGCCGCUUGUUACAGCUUCAAAACGCCGACAUUCCUUGGGAUGUGUUCCAGAUGGCUUUCUACAAGAAAUACUUUCCUGAGUCUGCAAGGGAAGCAAAGGAGAUGGAGCUAAUGCAGCUGAAGCAAGGUUCCAUGUCUGUGGCAGAGUACACCAACAAGUUCGAAGAGCUUUGUAGGUUUUCUCGGGUAUGUCAGGUUGACCCGGAGACUUUCGAGAGCUGGAGGUGCAUUAAGUACCAAAGGGGCUUGAAGGAAAACAUUAUGACUGUUGUGGCUCCUAUGGAGAUCCGUGUCUUCUCCGACUUGGUGAACAAAGCAAGGGUAGUGGAGGAGUAUGCCAAGACAGUGGCGGCAUCUAAGGACACUCAUGGAGGGAGCUCUAGUCGUGGGCGUGGCAAGUAUUUUCAUCGUAGAGGACAAAGCUUCAAAAGAGGGGGAUAUACUCCUCAAGGCCAAGGGGGCUUCAGAAAGAACAAUCAGAAUCAGUUUCAGUAUGCUAAAGGAAGAGGAAAUCAGAGUAAGAGUUCUCCGGAUUUAGCUUGUGAUCGUUGUGGACGUUUUCACCCUUAUGACUCAUGUAAGAUUGGUUUAGGUGGUUGCUUCAAGUGUGGGUUACCUGGCCACAUUGCGAGGGAUUGCCCUCGUGGGAGGAAUCAGAAUGCGGGCCAGAGUCAGCAUCAAGGUCGAGUCUUUGCUGUGAAUGCCAAGGAUGCUUCCAAGGCGGAUCCUUUGAUGAAAGGUAUAUGUCUAAUUGGUGAUAAAUCCUCAGUUGCAUUAUAUGAUACUGGAGCUUCGCAUUCGUUUAUUUCAUUUGCUAAAGUUGAGGAAUUAGGCUUGAAAGUAUCAGAGUUACCUUUUGAUCUACAUGUACAUACUCCGCAUCAAACAAUUAUGACUAGGUCAAGCUGUAGACAAGUAGGUUUCAAACUUGAGGGUAGAGACUUUGUACACGAUUUGAUCUGUUUACCAAUGGUGGGGCUGGAGAUGAUUUUAGGGUUUGAUUGGUUGUCGAAGAACCGAAUUUUGUUGGAUUGCUUUGAACGGACAAUUCGGUUUAUGCCGGAAGGAGAAAAUGGAGCAGUGGUAGCUACAGGGUAUUACCUGAACUCUGUAAUGGUGCAUUAUAGUGGAGAGGAGUGUCAGGGUUAUAUUCUGUUGGCUGCCAAUGCGUUGGGCGAUGCCCAGAACUUAGAUCAAAUUCCGGUGGUUAGAGAUUUUCCAGAAGUGUUCCCGGAAGAUAUCCCCGAGUUCCCACCUCAAAGGGAAAUUGAGUUUACGAUUGAAUUAGUGCCGGGAGCCAGACCAGUAUCAAUUGCACCGUAUAGAAUGGCUCCUAUAGAGCUGGCAGAGCUAAAGACUCAGUUGGAAGAGCUUCUGAAUAAGAGGUUCAUUCGACCGAGUGUAUCACCGUGGGGAGCGCCAGUUUUAUUGGUGAAGAAGAAAGAUGGAGGGAUGCGUUUGUGUGUGGAUUACCGACAGUUAAAUAAAGUGACAGUAAAGAACAAGUACCCGCUGCCAAGGAUAGAUGACUUGAUGGAUCAAUUACAAGGAGCUGGAGUGUUUUCCAAGAUUGAUUUGAGAUCCGGUUACCACCAGAUAAGAGUGAAGGAAGAUGAUAUCCCUAAGACUGCCUUUAGAACUCGCUAUGGACACUACGAGUUUGCGGUAAUGUCUUUUGGGUUAACGAAUGCACCUGCUGUUUUCAUGGAUUACAUGAACAGAGUGUUUCGUCCCUUUUUGGACAAAUUCGUGGUGGUUUUCAUAGAUGACAUCUUAGUUUACUCUAAGACGGUAAAAGAGCAUGAGGAACACUUGAGGAUUGUACUGCAAAUCUUAAAGGAGCGAAAGUUGGAAGCUCAAUUUUUGGAAGCAAUAUACUUCAAUAAGAGGGCUAUUUAG